GGUGCCUACGCCUGCUCAAUUCGUGUCCAAAGAUCUGUUGUCAGAAACUUGCUCUCAAGAUUGGGGACCAGCAGACCAGUAUGGGCAGCAUAGGCGAGUCAACGCAUGGCGAUGCGAGCUUACAGCUCGAUUAUGAUGUGCUCAUCAUCGGUGCGGGGCUAAGUGGUAUCUUCGCAUUAUACCGUAUGAGACAGUUGGGUCUGAGGGUUAGAGUCCUUGAAGCCGGGUCUGGUGAAGGAGGGACGUGGUACUGGAACCGCUAUCCCGGGGCGAGGUUCGACUCGGAAAGCUAUUCUUACCAGUACUCCUUCUCGCAAGAUGUGCUUGAUGAAUGGAAUUGGACAGAGCACUUUGCUCCUGCUAAUGAGACUCUGCAAUACUGUCAGUUCGUCUCGAAGAAGUUUGAUUUACGAAGUGAUAUGCAAUUCAACACUACAGUCAUGUCGGCACAUUAUCACGACGACAAUCACUCAUGGGAGUUGACGGACGACAACGGCAACCGGUACACCUCGAGAUCUCUGAUCACCGCAAUGGGAUUCCUCAACCGUCCUACCUUUCCAAAUGUUCCCGGCAUAGCGGAUUUCAAGGGACAAUCGUUCCAUACGGCACGUUGGCCUCGAGAGCCCGUCUCGCUCGAAGGGAAACGAGUCGGUAUCAUUGGGACUGGAGCCACCGGCAUCCAGACCAUCCAAGCAAUCGCAGGAAAGGUAGGUGACCUGACGGUGUUUCAACGCACACCCAACUGGUCAGCACCUUUACAUAAUGCCAAAAUAAGUCCUGAAGAGAUGGAUCAGAUUCGCAAGAGGUACCCUGAGAUCUUCAAGCAGUGUAUGGAGUCGCCGGCGUGUUUCCUACAUGGAGCUGAAACGAGAAACUCGUUUGAUGUCUCAGAAGAAGAGAGAUUGGCGUUUUGGGAAGAUCUAUAUUCUCGACCCGGUUUCGCCAAAUGGGUUUCCAACUUCCGCGAUAUAGCUUUCGACAGAGAAGCGAAUGCGGCUUGUAGUGAAUUUUUCGCCAACAAGAUUCGACAACGCGUCAAGGAUCCAGAGACUGCCGAGAAGUUGAUUCCAAAAGAUCAUGGCUGGGGUACUCGCCGCAUACCCAUGGAAUCGGGUUAUUUCGAGGCGUACAACCAAGAUAACGUCAAGCUGAUCGACCUGAAGAGAACCCCUAUCGAGCGUAUCACCACAAAGGGUGUCAAGACAAGCGAAGAGGAGUUUGAGCUGGACAUUCUGAUAUACGCCACUGGAUUUGACGCGGUCACAGGAUCCUUUUCACCGGUGGACUUUCAAGGCGUGAACAAAAAGAAACUCAGUGAGGUGUGGAGCGAAGGACCUAGGACUCAACUAGGUCUCUUUGUUCAUGGUUUUCCUAACAUGAUGAUGGUCAUGGGACCUCAUCAGAUGUUUGGCAACGUGCCUCGAAGUAUCGAAUUUGCGGUCGGCUGGAUUGCCAAUUGUAUACAGUAUUGCCGCGAAAAUAGCAUUACUCGAAUCGAAGCAACGGAAAAGGGGGUGGAAGACUGGACGAAGCAUGUCCAUGAGUGCGCGGAGGGCAUGUUAUCGAAUGAGGUUGACUCAUGGAUGACAGGCGUGAACAAGAAUCUGGCGAAUAAGCAGAAAAGGAUUGUGGCACGGUACAUGGGGCCGGCUCCUGGGUAUAGGAAGAGGUGCGACGAGGUAGCGGCACAAAAGUAUGCUGAUUUGAGCUUGUCUGCUUGACGUGGUCACAGCUGCGAUCAUGAGCAUGGGGUGCCUCGAUAGACUUGCAAUAGAUUCAGAACAAGGAAGU